GAGAAUCUCUGGACGCGCGAGGAUUCGCGCCUUACCGGGAGCCGAAGUUGGCAGGCGUGGGUGAUUUAGACCAAAGAACUGAGCAACGCUGGGCAACCUUUUUUUCCCAAGCACACUAAGAAUUUUGAGCUUGAUCCUGUCAUUUUGUUUAUUGGCGAGUUGGGGAAAAAGGCAGAAUGUGCCGCUUGUGAGGCGUUGUGAGUGCAAUAAACAGUGAGUGAACGCGCUACAGGUAACGAUGAACUUCUCAGCAUUCGGUGGCCCCUUCUCGGGCAUCCACCAGUUUGCCGCAAAGUUCGGCAAUGACUCCACACAACUCGGCUCCUAUGCGGCGAACGCGUCGGCGGAGUCCGCGGCUCAGGACAGUAGAUAUUCCAAUCCCAACCACUUUAGUCAGAACCCAGCAGUGUCUAGUCCGAACAUGCAGUACGCCCAGAACAUCUCCAUCCCGUAUGCGUCUGGGCAGCCGUCGCAGAACGAGCACCUCUUUCUGCACGACAAGCAGAAGGCGGCCGGCCUGAAGCUGGACCGCAGCCGCGACGAGGUGCUGAAUCAGCAGAUCCUGCAGAACGUCAACCAGUCCUGGCAGACGCUGGCCAAUCCGGCCAACUCUGUGGACUACUCGUCGCACCUGCUCUCCGCCACACUGCCCAUCUCCAUCCAGCACUUCCUCAAGUACUCAGAGUCCAUCAAGAAGGAGUCCGGCAUCUCAGGGACUGGCCCGUCCUCAGGCGCGGCCAAUGGGGCCGUCACGAGCGCCGCCUCGAGCCUCCUGGCGGCCAAUCUCACCCACGACCUCGACGGUGAUCUCAAUCCACCCACCACGGUGGCCUCCGGCGCCGCCGCCGCCGCGUCUGGCACCGGCUCGGCGAAGAAGAAGAAAAAGAAGGCGCCCAAGCAGAAAGCGCCGCGGACGGUGAAGAAGCCGCGUCCAAAGCCCGGCGAGAUUCGCGAGACGAAGGCGCUGGACGGCUCGACGCUCUACUGCUGCCCGGAGUGCCAAAUGGCGUAUCCGGACAGGCCGCUCAUUGAGCAACACGUCAUUUCGCAUGCCAUAGAGAGAAGAUUCGUUUGCGACAUCUGCAAUGCCGCUCUAAAGCGCAAGGAUCACUUGACAAGACACAAGCUGUCUCAUAUUCCCGACAGGCCGCACAUUUGCAAUAUCUGUAUGAAGUCGUUCAAGCGCAAAGAGCAAUUGACACUGCAUAUCGUUAUUCAUUCUGGUGAGAAGAAGCACAUAUGUCCGGAGUGUGGCAAAGGCUUCUACCGGAAGGAUCACUUGCGCAAGCACACUCGCAGUCACAUCGCUCGUCGGGUGAAGUCCGAGGUGUCGUCUCAGACUGUGGGCUCCACAGGAGCGGCCAGCAGGAGUCAGAUACACGCUUCCUGAGCCU